AUGCCCGAGUCUCCAAGUGAGCCGGGUCAGAUACAGUCCCUUCGUCGUUCCGUGACCCUUCCUACCAAGUUAAAUCCACUCGCGCAACGCCGCUCGAGUGUCCCAAAUACCCCAGAACAUGUAAUUUUCUAUCAUCCAUCCGCGAAGAUCGUUCAUUUUGCUCCACGAGCACUCGCCCCUAUUCCCUCCAGUUCUGCGCCCUCCGACUUCGACUACCCCGUUGACACUAUCGAAACACUCCCCUGGCGCUCUGCGACUGAACGAACGGUCGCAACAGCGCCAUUGAGGCUGGAGAAGGUCCAUGGGUCAACAGCGUUUCUGAAAUGUGGAAAUGUCGUCCAUGCGAUCCUGAAGAACUCCCAGUGUUGGUGCGUUGACGGGGUCUCGAAGUUUGUACUACGCAUUCGUCCUCUUACAUACUAUCGCAUUGAGAUUCCUUACGAGACGGACGACGAUCGAAGCCUAGUGCAGGAUUUGAAGAUAGCGUUUCCAACAAUACUUCGGUACGAGGUGACGCCAUGUCCUUUCAAACGGACCUUUAGCGUCGAGCUUCCUAAUGAUGCGAUGGCACCUCGGCGCAAAAAGGCCUGGCAACCCAAAGACCGGAGACACAGAAUACCGACCAUUUUAGAACCUCCGCUUGAGAAUCUAUCUCCCGUUUCAACUAGAUCGGAAUGCAUCGAUUCAGCAAGCACCGGAGAUGACACCGAUGGAAACUUGACCGAUGACAGUUGUUCUACUUCAAACAAAGCCAGUAGCGCAGCCUUGGAGGCCAUUCCCGACGAUACGCAGGCACCUACCAUCAAUUUGUCAAUCCCGUUCCCAUCAAUUGGCACUCCUAGGCGAUCAGUGUCCGAAGGCCCACCAGCUUUCACCAGCCUGCUUGCAAAAUUCGAGGCUACGACAACCACUGAAGAUGAUUACGACUCUUCGUGUGAACUCAAGCCAGACGACGGGUCGAAUUUUGAUACUGUACUUCAACUUGAUACUGAAGCACAGCCUCCUACAGAACAACUCAAUUUUGAGCUUCCUGUCCACAGUGGAGUCGAAGCUGAGCCUGGAUCCGAACUCGCACCGGAUGCUGAAAUUCCAACAGAUAUACAAAUUGUAUCCAAAUCCGAGCCUGAAGCUGGGCCUGGAGCCACUUUACAAGCCCAAUCUCUAAGCGAAGCCGCGGUGGAAGCGGAGUCUACAAUUUCAAUCGAGACCGAACAAGUCUCAGAGGCCGAAACUUCGGAGGAAAUUGUGCUUCAAUCCCAGCCUACGAUUGUAACUGAACUGGAAGUCUCCACACUAAGGAUCGAUCACGAUUGCUUCUUCGCGUCUAGCGCCGAGUCAUCCCACUCCGCUGAGCCUCAAUCCCCAGAUUCAGUCUCCACCCAUCCUACAUCUGUUGGGGGGCCUGAUUUGCCCGAGCCAACCGAGAUGUUCAAUCUUUCGAAUACGAAGGAGGCAGUUUCUGGGUGCGAAUCAAAGCUAGCGAGUCCAUGCAAGACAACACAGCUUCCCACAGUCGAUAUCUUCGCACGGGAUAAUGUCGCAAACGCAACCGGGAUGCAUCAUCAACUAUCAAUGCAUAAUACAGGCCAGAAUAACUUGCCCAGGCGCUUCCCGGAUGCAUUCUCGGAUACCUCGCCCUCUAUGACUCGUUCAAGCAAAGUGCACCCACCCAGUCGUUUUCUAGAUGUUUCCUCGGACGCUUCGAGGCGCCUGCCGCCUCCCGCGAAGGCAACUUUAUCCAAUCCGGAUCUUGACCCGAUUAGUGCUGAGUUUCGGCGUCGCGCCCAAGCCACAAGAGAACGUGACUUUUCCCCUAUGCCUCCUUCUUCGGCGUUGUACCUCCCAUCCGGUGAUGAUGCAUCAUCGUUCAUUUCCAAAGCUAUCACCCUGGUAUUGAUUCCCCCAGCCUAUCUACUUGUCAUUCUUCUUCACAUUGCGGCCCGCAUUGUCGACAACCCAACUCCCCACCGGACUAUCACCUCCACACCAAGCGAGUCCACCUCCCGACCCCAGCACUCCAAAAAGUCUUCAGCCUCAGAGGACGAUUUCAGCUUUCCACUGAAGCCCCUCACUUCUUCGGAGCAUGACGAUGCCCGAACUACCCAAAAGCCCAAUCCUUGGGAUUUGGACUAG